ACCCUGCGUCACCGGGAGGAGAGGGAGGCCAAGCAAAAAAAAGUUUGGAGACAAGAGUUGACAUUCAAAAUGCACACUUCACUCAAGAUCAGUCUGCUAUACCAAACUAAUACUUAAAUCCAGUAAAUAUUACCAGGAAGGAGAGAGAGUUUGUUCACGUCUUUUUCGUUGCCUCCAUAUGACAGGUUAAUUGGUUACUUUUGGAGUUCUUGGCAAUGUUUCCCAGCCCCAGCACGUCCACUCCCUUCUCUGUAAAGGAUAUAUUAAACCUGGAGCAGAGUCAUGACGUUAUGGUGUCUUCUCUGGACGUCUCUUCUCGUGUGGACUGCUGCACGGUGCCGACCUCCUCCUCCCCCUCUUCUUCCUCCUCCUCCUCCUCAUCUUGCAUGCUGGCCCGCCUGAAGCAGGAGCCUCUCCGGGACAUGUCGUCCGCCGCCUCGCUGUUUGGAGAAGACCCCCACGACUCCAGAGCCGGCAGGGGCAAUGCACUCAGCUUUGCUACUGCCUUUUAUGGGAAAUCACUCAUGGAGAUGGAUUUAGUUAGGGAUGGGAAAUCCGACGCGUUUGAGGGGAAACGUAGAAAAGAGGAGUUCAGUCCUCCAACCGAGCCUGUGGAGGACAUAAAAACCGAAGACCCGGACCGACCAAAGCCACGGAGACGCAGGAAGCCGCGCGUCCUCUUCUCCCAGGCGCAGGUGUACGAGCUGGAGCGUCGCUUCAAGCAGCAGAGGUACCUGUCCGCCCCGGAGAGAGACCACCUGGCCGGCGUGCUCAAACUCACCCCGACCCAGGUGAAGAUCUGGUUCCAGAACAGGAGGUACAAGUGCAAGCGGCAGAGGCAGGACCAGAGCCUGGAGAUGGUGUCCCUGCCGCCGCCCAGGAGGGUGUCGGUGCCGGUGCUAGUGCGGGAUGGGAAGCCUUGCCUGGCGGCAGACACAGCCACCUACAACCCCCCCUACAGCAUGGGGCACAUCAACCAUUUCUCUUAUAACAACUAUCCAGCUUUCAGUAACUACACCAGCCCCGGCUGCAACACAAACUAUGCCUGUAAUUAUCCUGCAGCCACAAUGCAAACUAUGCAAGGAUCCUCCAACAGCGGGAAUUACAUGAACUUUGGGGUAGGGGACCUGAAUAAUGUCCAGAGCACGUUUUCCUCCAGUAAUGGGGUGUCUUCGUUACAUGGCAUUAGGACAUGGUAAAGAAAAAAAAAUCAUAUACUCGUGUUACCUUUUCAGUUUAGCGGAGUUGUUUUCUGACUGCAUGAAUUUUUAAACGUGUCAAGACUUUGCGGAGUUUGUGUAACUUCUCUUAUAUUUAAUAACUGACUUUUAGUAGUUUGUCGUUUUUUGCUUUACGCACCAGUUUUUGUCUAAUAGUCUACAUUUUUUUAUUUAUUCUCGGGACGUUAGCGCACAGACGUGUAAUGA